ACUUUUUAGAACCAAUUCGCUCGUAAUUAACAAGCUAUUAACGAAUAUCGGAAGUCGGCACAUUCAUGGCUGUAUUACUGUCCGCUUUUAUUUUUUUAAAGCAUUAGUGGAGCUCACGUAUGUACGCAUAAUCUGGCACAGCGCGCGAAAGUGGAAUGAGGAGUUUCCCGGUGCACCUAGUGCCCGGCCUGGUGGCAUUGUUACUCCGUGCCGCGGUAUUGAUUUGAAUGCGCAAUGUCAAAUAACGAUAGUCGGAAAUGCGGACGUUGCUUCUCGUGACUCGCCACGUAUCGUAACGAAGCUAUUGUUCCCGAGAUUAUCGCGACGAAGGAAAAAGUGUGGGGCGAGACGAAAAUUGGAAAACAUGGUUGGACCAAAUGUCUCCUUGUGACUAACCGUUCCGGAAGGUGGGACAACCUCUAUACAGGGCGCAUCCUUCAGGACACCUUCCGAACACGAACGUGUAAAUACGGAACUCGCAACGCUUUGUAAGGUGUACCCUGUGAGCCCUGUAACAGGGCCAGGUGCAGCAAGAUCCGUAUGGGAACUAAGUCCAGAUCCUGACAUGGUCAGGCAUCUACCAAAUACUCUAAUUUCCAGCACCACCCAGCAGAACCAUGGAUCUGCUAAAAGCACUGAUCUACAGACAAGAAAUGGCCCUGAUGAUAAUAUUUAUGCGGAUGAACAUACCUCGGGUCAAACACCAUCGGAUGAAACAAAACAGAUGUUUAAACUUCUAAGAUCUGGCAAAAUUGGAGCUGUCGAUGAGCUGGUAGAAAAGAAUGGUCUAAGCGUAUUGAGUGCAAGGGAUGAAUGGGGAUAUACUCCUGCCCAUCGGGCCGCUUUAGAUGGAAACAUUGAAGUAAUGAGAUAUUUAAUAGAACGUAAUGGACCGGUUGAUCUAUCUUGUCUUGGAACCCAGGGACCAAGGCCGAUACAUUGGGCAUGCCGAAAGGGCCAUAGUGCAAUAGUUCAGUUAUUGUUGAAGGCAGGAGUUGCCGUUAAUGCAGCAGAUUUUAAAGGUUUAACGCCUCUGAUGACUGCCUGUAUGUUUGGGAAAUUUGCAACAGCGGCAUUUUUAUUGGGAUCCGGCGCAUUGGGACAUAUAACGGACAUAAAUGGCGAUACCGCGCUUCAUUGGGCUGCGUACAAAGGCCACGUGGAAUUAAUAAGACUACUUAUGUACAGCGGAGUAGACUUGCAAAAACCAGAUUAUUUCGGAUCCACGCCGCUACAUUUAGCGUGUCUUUCUGGCAACGUCAGCUGCGUGAAAAUAUUGUGCGAAAAGAGUAAAAUUGAAUUGGAACCGCGCGAUAAAAAUGGUAAAACACCAUUGCAAUUAGCGAAAAGUCACAGACACUCGGGAAUUGUAAGAAUACUCCAAGCUGAACAGAAACGAAGGGCUAGAUGGAUACCACCUAUCAACGAACUUUGGGCGCUACUAUUUGGGGGAGCUGGAAACAGUAAAGGUCCUAUAUUACUGUUCAUGAUAUCUGUUCUAUUGUGGGGAUAUCCAAUUUAUCUAUUAAAAUGUAUCCCAUUAACGUGGAACCUUUUACGCGGCAGCCAUUAUUGCUUUAUUUAUUGGAAUACUGUUAUGUGGAUUUCAUGGAUUGUAGCAAACAGGAGGGAUCCUGGCUAUGUACCACAAAACAGUGACACCUACUAUAGGGCAAUUAAACAAAUUCCAUGUUUUGAUAAAUGGAAAAAAAGGAAUGUAUUAUUAUCUCGAUUGUGUCACAGUUGUAGAUGCUUCAGACCUUUGAGAGCUAAACACUGCAGAAUAUGUAACAGAUGCGUCACAUAUUUCGAUCAUCACUGUCCAUUUAUAUACAAUUGCGUGGGUUUAAGAAAUAGGAUGUGGUUUUUCCUUUUUGUUAUGUGCGUAGCAAUAAAUUGUUCGUUUACAAUUUACUUUGCUUGUUACUGUAUGGCGAUCGAAGGAAUCCAAUUAUUAUAUGUGCUAGGUGUAUUAGAAGCUUUGGUCUUCUGUGGACUUGGAUGGAUUUUAACAUGCACCUCGGUGCUACACGCGUGUAUGAACUUGACCACGAAUGAAAUGUUUAAUUACAAAAGGUAUUCGUAUUUAAGAGACAAGAAAGGCAGAUAUUUGAAUCCAUUUAGCAGAGGUCCUGUUCUUAAUUUCAUUGAAUUCUUUCUUUGUCCACCAAACCAUCAAGCAAACGACCCACAAAAUUACCAUAUACUAUCAGAAGAUAUCAUGUAAGAUAUUGAAAUGUUGUGAUCACUAUUUUACAGCAGUGUUGUACUUGUAGAAAAUGUAAAAAUAUUAAUCAUGCAACUGAUACUAUUUUUCGGAAUAAUUGCAACAUAUG